AUGGCCAAAUAUUUUGGAUUUCGAGGUCCCAGACUGUUGGAUUUUAUGCUCUAUACCAUUGUGGUUCCGGUUUAUAUCUGGUUCGGAUACAAUGCAGCAGCUGCUGGUGGAAUUCUAAAUCUCAAAUCUUUCAUUAGCCUGUUUCCCAGUAUCGAUACACUGGACACAACAGGCCAUGAAAAAACACACAAUGCUCAGAUUCAGGGAACUUUCGUAGCCUUGUAUCCAGCUGGUUGUAUAUUUGGUUCUAUGAGUUGUGUUAUAGUUGGUGAUAGGCUUGGGCGAAUCAAAACCGGGUUUAUUGGUGCUGUAAUCGCAACCAUUGGUCAUAUUUUGCAAGGAUCUGCUUUUUCGCUAGGUCAGUUAAUGGCAGGCAGAAUUAUUUCUGGCUUAGGUUACGGAAUGGUUACUGCUACUGUACCACUCUGGCAGGCUGAAUGCUCCACUGCUCGUCAUAGAGGUACCUUUAUUGUCAUGGAAGGUAUAUAUAUCUGUGUUGGUUUGGCUUUCUCUCAAUGGCUGGGCUUGGGUAUGUCUUUUGUGGGCUCCUCUGGUUCUUGGAGAUUACAACUUGUAUUUCCCACCCUCAAUGGUUUGAUUGUGAUCGCUUUUAUCCUCUUUUGUCCAGAAUCACCACGAUGGCUAGUCAAGGUGGGCCGUGUUCAAGACGCCCGCGAAGUCUUAGCUGUUCUAGAGGACAUAAGUCCAGAUGACAUGAGUAUAACAAUUAGUAUUGAAAGCUAUCAAGCAUCCCUAGAGGAAACGGGUAAAGGUAGUUUCCUUGGGUUGUUUAAGAAUGGCAGAGAGCGAAUUUUCCAUAGAACCAUGAUAGCUGCUGUUUGCUUGAUGUUCCAACAGUAA